AUGCCGGCAAGCGGAGGAUAUAUGGAGGCCCGAAAUGUUGUACCACAUGCUGAAACAGAUCUCAAUACGACAUUGUUUUCUAGAAUUCCGAUCGGUACAUACGUCGUUAACGGAAAACGUCUGGAUGAGCGGCCGACGAGAGGCGAUUUCGACUAUAAGAUGCCCUUAACUUAUCCUCCUCCAGCCCAAUACCAACCGACAAUUGACGGAGCGAUGAAAAAUUACGCGUUCAUGAUUGCGCUUUGGUUUACUUGCUUGAUUGCUAGUAAAAUGGCAUUAGUUAGUCGCGUCACACUUAAAGACUGGAUUUCAGAGGGAGACCUUCCCUCCCUAUCUGCAGAGGAACGUCUAGUUGUGCAUCAGCUCAGUCCAAGUUUGGGUUCGGGAGCACGCCUAAAAGCACACGAAACAAGCGUCGGUUACACAUCUGGCAACGCGAAAGCUACGUUAACCUGGAGUGCCCAGAAGAAUGGUGUUGUUAUUCAUAACCAAUGUAAUUACCCCAUAUCCUACGCACUGAUGGCUCACAGUAGCGGAUUAUGGUACUAUGGUAGCGGUCUAAAAUCAAGGCACAUCGAGCCCGUUUCGUUUGGAAUGGGUCAAGGUUCCUACGAUGGCGACAUCACGAUGUUUAUACUGGCCGGACCUAAAGAAUAA